AUGGAAUCUGAAUUCUCUCAGGAAUCACAAAAGCAAGCGUACGAAGCAGUAGUUUCAAAUGAUUUGACUCUAAUGGAGACACUUCUGGUUAACGUUCUUGCCAAUCAAGAACCCCAGAGAUCUCAGGCAUUCCAAGUUUUACUCUGUUCCAAGAAACAUUUCCCAGAUCUUCUUUUCAACAAACUCUUCUUUCUUCUUCGUCAAAGCACUUCUGUGAAUACUCGUGCCAAUGCCGCACAAGUUCUCAGAUUUCUCCAAGUUCGUGAUCUUUGGCCGACCUUGACGGCGACUGGUAAAUCCAAUUUCAAAACCUGUUUCAUUGAAUUACUCCUCCGAGAAAAUUUAAUGCCGGUUGUAAGGCUGGAGUGUCGUCUAGUCGCCGAUGUGCUCUGCGAAAUUCUCAAGGCUCGUGAUCAAUGGCCGGAACUUGUUGAUUUUGUAUUGACGUACGGUGUUCAGCAACGGAACGAGAAGCUUCAAGAAGCUAUUCUAUUGAUAUUCUCUCAUUUUCCCAAGGAUUACAGAGGGCUUAUUUGUGAAACCUUUGGUUUAUUGACUGAAAUUCUCUGCAAAAUCUUACAAGGAGGAUUGACUUCCAAGAAUCUUGAGAUCAAAGCUGCAGGUCUGGCCGCUUUCUUUUGUUUCACCCAUUUGUUAUCCAAGCCCGCUGAACAUGACAAGUUUCUCAAACUGCUACAUGCGGCCAUUGAUGCAGUGGUUCAGUUACUCUCUGAAUCUAAAGAAGACGACGCAGAAAAAUUCAUGGGGGAAUUCAUGUUAUCUUUGAGGGAGAAUUCCCAGUUGUUUAAACCAUAUGUUAAUAACUUACUGAUGCAUCUAGUACAGAUUGUAGAAGCUCAAGAGUUGGCGUUUGAAAUUAAGCUCUUCGCUGUGAAAUUCAUAAUCAGAUUGUUGGACACCAAAGAUUUGGAAACUACAUUGAUGGGUUUGGAUACUACGGAUAUAACGAGGUUGUUCUCAGUUUCAAUGAGCAUGCUUCUCUGUAUUGAUGAUGAUAUUUCAUGGUAUAUAAUUGGGAAUGAAGAAGGUGAGAAUGCAGGGAAGACAGAGUUAUACAACCAGGGAAUUGAGUGUUUGAAAAGAAUUUCAAUUAUUUACAGAACUCAGAUUGUGCCUGUUGCAUUUAAAUGGUUAACACCUUAUAUGGAUUCAAUGGAAUGGCAGAAUCGCCAUGCAGUGAUUACCAUGCUUGGAGAAAUAUCAAAAGAGUGUUCUGAUGAAAUGAUCAUGACAAAAGAAAAUUACUUGGAGGAAACAGUUAACAUGAUAAUCAAUUCAUUCCAAGAUCCUCAUUUCCGAGUUCGAAGCGCUGCAUUUGGUUUCAUGCAACUCUCCACAGAUUUAGUGCAAGUUUCACAAAUCCUUCAUCAUCCUAGGAUUUUGCCUAGGCUAAGUGAUGCCUUUGACAGAAACAAACAUCCCAGAUUGAAGGAACAAGUUGCAGCAGCAUUCUUAUCCUUGGCAAAUAAUCUUUCUCCGGAUUGCUUAGCACAGUACAUGAAUUUGAAUAAUAUUAUGAGCAAAUUGCUUAUAAUGCUGCUGGAUAAUGAUGAAACAAGUACAGCAAAAUGGAGUGCAUUAAGUAGUUUAAACAUUCUCACCCAGAGCUGCCGGGAAGUAGCUUCCAAACACUAUGGCAAUUAUGUAUCGAUCUUACUUAAACUCUGCAAUAACCAAAAUGCACAAAUAAAACAGGAAGCCAUACGUGGAAUUCGAGUCUGUGCAGAGUUUGGUGGAACUGACUUUAGACCAUUUAUUAAUGAUUUACGACCUGUAUGUGUAGAAGCUGUUUCGAAAAUAAGUGAGAUUAUUGAGAACAGCAAUAGGUCGCAGGGAGAGGAUGUAAGAGCAUUUGAUAUUGCAGUCUGUGCUCUUGGAAAAAUAUGCGAGUCUCAUCGGACCAAUAUUGAUGUCAGCAAGCUUCUUUCUAAAUGGUUAAGUUUGUUGCCACUUACAAGUGAUGUGCAUGAGUCAAAAAUUGUUCAUCAACAGCUUUGCCAUAUGGUUGAAAGGUUGGAUGAGAAACUUCUGGGUUCCAACAACGAACACCUUCCCAAGGUUAUUUGGGUUUUGCUUGAGGUAAUUAGACAAGGCAAAGGUGCAAGUAUUAAGUGGAUGCGAUAA